GGCAACGGGACGGAGAGCGAGGACCCGACGGGCGCUGCGUCCGCCCCGGUUAUCCUGACCCCCAUGCAGCAGCGCAUCUGUAACCUGCUGGGAGAAGCCACCAUCAUCAGUUUGCCGAGUGGGGACUGCAGCGCGGGUGACGGUACCGAGAUACCCAUCACCGCGUCAGCCACCACGGUCACCCUGACCCAGAUUCCUGCAGAGACAACCUACCACAGCCUGGAGGACGGGGUGGUGGAGUACUGCACAACAGAAGCCCCCCCCACCGUCACCGCAGAGGCACCCUUGGAGAUGAUGGCGCAUCAGCACGAAGUGGCCGCGAAACCCCAGGAGCUGAAGAGCCGAAUCGCUCUGAACUCAGCCAAGCUCCUGCAGGAGCAGCGAGUGACCAACCUGCACGUGAAGGAGAUUGCCCAGCACUUGGAGCAGCAGAAUGACUUGCUUCAGAUGAUUCGGCGCUCUCAGGAGGUGCAGGCGUGUGCCCAGGAGCGACAGGCACAAGCCAUGGAGGGAACACAGGCAGCACUGAGCGCCCUCAUCCAGGUUCUCCGCCCCAUGAUUAAGGACUUCCGUCGAUUUUUGCAGAGCAAUACACCCAGCCCAUCGGUCACCACUGACCCCAGCCAGCCAGGGCAGCAAGAUGGCAUGAUCCAGUGA